CACAUUGUUAGCAGAAAGUCAAUCAAUAAAUGGAUCAGAGUUUCAACUUUUAAGAAUUGUUGUUUUAGAAUUUACAAGAGAUUAUAAUGUAACUGUGGCCCAAUAAAUCAGCAAUUCGGACCUGGCUGCUUCCAGAAUACAAUGUAAAUAAGCCGAAGGUAGAACGACAAUUCUGCUCACAAACAAGGAAAGAGCGGACAGUUUAAAAAUCAAGCUUUUUGUGAGUGUUACUUCAUUAUACUAUACAACCAUACCCAACCCGGCAGACACCAUGGUUUCGGUGGAAGAUGGGGAUGAAAAGAAACAGGAUGGCUGCUGUAAGGUCUUUUGGAAGUUCAUGUUUAGUCAUAUCGGCCUUUGCGCCAUGGUCGUGCUUUACAGCGUGGCUGGAGGUUUCAUAUUCGAGCACCUGGAGAGAGAGAAUGAGAAGGCGGUGUGUACCGAGAGCCUGGACGAGUAUGUACCCAUGCAAGACAAGACACUGGAGAACUUGAAGAAAGUAAUCCUGGAGAACAACCUGAACACGGACGCCAUGAUGAUCCAGAUGAAGUCUAUCCUACAGACGUUCCGGAACAACUCGCUGGCGAUAGGGUACGACGGGCGGAAUUGUGACGGCUAUGGAGAACCCAACGGACCGACGUAUGAGUGGUCGUGGGCGGGGGCCCUCAUGUUCUCUGUCACCGUCAUAACAACCAUAGGCUAUGGUCACAUUGCACCAAAAACCUUCUGGGGGAGACUCGUGUGUAUCGCCUACUCGCUGCUGGGAAUUCCUCUCAUGCUCCUCUGCCUCGCCAACAUCGGUGACGUCCUCGCCGACAUCUUCCGCUUCGUCUACUCCAAAAUCUGCUGCUGUGGCUGCUGCAGGAAGAAACAGAAGGACAAAGUCGUCUCAAUCAAGCCAACGAGUGAGGAGCCUGACAGUGCGUGGAACGACAAGACUAAGAUCAUACCCAACAACAAGGCGCCCAUGGGCACAGAGUUCUCCAAAAUACAGGACGACUCAACUCGACCAAAGAUCAAGACCGUGGACAUUAAAACACUCAAUAAAACCGAUCUCGCCAACAGGAAUAUGGCGAUUCGAAAUCAGCCAAUGAUCGUCGACGACGACAGCGAUGACGAGGAUGACGAUUUUGAUGAGAAAAAGGUCACCGUUCCGCUAACUGUAACCUUGGUCGUCAUAUUUGGCUAUAUUAUGGGCGGGGCACUGCUGUUCGGUCUAUGGGAGGGCUGGGACCUGCUGCAAUCCGCCUACUUCUGUUUCGUCACGCUGUCAACCAUCGGCUUCGGGGAUGUCGUGCCCGGCACCGACUUUGACAACCCACAGGCGACCGCGCAGUUGAUCCUCGGUGCCAUCUAUGUUCUCUUCGGUAUGGCGAUUUUGUCGAUGUGCUUCGCGUUGAUGCAGGAUGAAAUCAUAUCCAAAUGCACGUGGAUUGGACAGAAACUCGGGAUUGUGGACAAGGAACAGGACGACGAUUAAGGGGAUAUUGUGAGGAGGGACAUAUAAGGAAUACGUUAAAAAUAUUUCGGCUGAAAAACACACUUUUUAAAGUCUUGAUUUUGAUAUUCGACACCAAAUUUGCAUUUGUUUAAAAUGCGAUUGAAAUGCGAGUUAAGUUGUUUCGAACUGUGAAAGUUAUCCAAUAGAAUAUGUUUUCGGAGUUUCACCUGAUCGAAUGUAAAUAAGAUUUUUGUAAAUAUACAAAGAUUCGUUUCUAUACUUAUAUUUUUAUUCCGUGUAUUUUAUUAUGUCUGUGUUGUACAAAAGUUUUUAAUUGUGUUUAGUGUUUACGCUCAUGUUUCCGCCAGUGGGAUCGCCGGACAAAAUCUGAUUUAAUGGUUAACCAAGCUUCCGACGACAGUUACAGUCUAAGUUCCAUUUAAUCACUAUUACUGGAAUAAUUAAGCGUUUGUUCGGCGGUUCGCACAUGCGCGCUGGCUAGUCUAGAGACAAUUCGCGCCGAACUCUGAUAGUCAUUAUUUAUUGUUUGUCUUCUACGAUAAAGUCGGCGCAAGCUGUGUCAGACAUUCCGACCGUUUGGUGUAGAAUACAAACUUUCAGCUAUAACUAUUACCUAAAGCUUUGUAAACAACGUAUGUCUGUUAUUGAUAAAUUUUGUUAUCACUUUACAUAUUCACUUUAUUUAGGAUAUGUUUUUUAAACAGAUUGGCUACUUGUUUCAUGAACCCAUGGUAUCAGUUUUGUUUCAGAUUUAAAGACGACAAACAUAUCCCUUCGAUGAUUUUGUUCUGGACUUAUAUCAUAAAAAUAUUUUGUUCGGAUGUAUAUAGACAUAGUUCUAAAACACUUUUACAAGAAAAUGUAAUGUAUACAGAACACAUUUUAAUGCAGAUGUUUCAAACGUUCGGUUUGAAGUAUAUGAUUAAAAUAAUAGUUGUUUGAAUUGGAAAUAUUAACAAGUUAUUUCAUUUUGUCAACGAGUUUUGCACUUUCUUGGCUUCUGCUGUCUUUUGCAACGACUUCUCAUUAAAUACAACAAAAAAAAACACAAGAAAUAUCAAUUGAACCAAAUGUGACGUCAAUUAAGAAAGAUUUGAAUGAAGUUCUUCUAGAAAAUGUCAAUAAUGGAAAACUAAGGAUAACAUAAACACGAUUCUUUAUGAAAGAAACCAAGUGCCUUGUUCGAUCAGAAACGAACGAAGUCGUUAAUACUGACAUCAGUCCUAAGGAACACAAGAAAGGCAUUUUCUUAAAAACAAGUUUAUUUACGGUGACUGAUUUUAUUUAAUAUCUGAUUAAUAUAUUUUAUGAUAAAGAUAUACAUGCACUUCAAAUCCGAUGUAUAGAUUUUAUAAAUAAACUGACUUAUAUCUGAUCUGGGUUUUCACAAAAUAACAUCAUUGCUUUGUUAAAGUGAGGAGGGCUGUGAUACUUUAUCGUUUAUUAAAUUUAGAAGUUGA